UUGGAGAUUUCCAUCAUGGCGGCUUCCAUUUCGGGCUACACCUUCAGCGCUGUGUGUUUCCACAGCGCCAACAGCAACGCCGACCACGAAGGAUUUUUGCUGGGAGAGGUAAGACAAGAGGAAACCUUUAGCAUCAGUGACUCACAAAUCAGCAACACAGAAUUUCUGCAAGUCAUUGAAAUCCAUAAUCAUCAGCCUUGUUCAAAACUUUUUAGUUUCUAUGACUACGCGAGCAAAGUUAACGAGGAGAGUCUGGACAGGAUUCUCAAGGACCGGAGGAAGAAAGUCAUCGGGUGGUACAGGUUCCGGCGGAACACACAGCAGCAGAUGUCGUACAGGGAACAGGUUCUCCACAAGCAGCUCACCCGCAUCCUUGGGGUGCCGGACCUCGUCUUCCUCCUCUUCAGCUUCAUCUCCACUGCCAACAGUUCCACUCAUGCUUUAGAAUACGUUCUCUUCAGACCAAAUCGAAGGUAUAAUCAGAGGGUAUCCCUUGCCAUUCCCAACCUAGGCAACACCAGCCAGCAAGAGUAUAAAGUCUCUUCAGUGCCAAAUACUUCUCAGAGUUAUGCCAAAGUUAUCAAAGAACAUGGUACUGACUUCUUUGACAAGGAUGGAGUAAUGAAAGACAUCAGGGCAAUUUAUCAGGUUUAUAAUGCACUUCAGGAGAAAGUACAGGCAGUGUGCGCCGACGUGGAGGAGAGCGAGCGCGUGGUCGGAUCUUGUGAGGCGGAAGUGAGCAGAUUGAGAAGACAAGUCACUCAGAGGAGAAACGAAAAGGAACAAGAGAGAAGAUUGCAGCAGGCAGUGAUGAGCAGACAGGUGCCACCUGAAAGCCUGGAACCCGCGUGCAGCCCUCGGACGCCCUGCUCGGGGUUUGCGGCUGAAGGUAGAAGUACACUGGGAGAUGCAGAGGCCUCUGGGCCCCCUCCCCCUUACUCUGAUUUUCACCCGAACAAUCAAGAAAGUACGUUGAGCCAUUCGCGCAUGGAAACGGGCGUCUUUAUGCCUCGACCUCAAGCUGUGGGCUCUUCCAAUUUCGCUCCCAGCAGCGCUGGACUCAAGCGUCCUGGACGCGCAGCAGACCUUCCUCCCCAGAGAGCGGCUGCAGACAGCGUGGAGGGGUCAGACGACAGCGACUGUGAAGAUCUGAUCGACCCUGCAGAGCCCUCGAAUAGGGAACGCUCACACUCCAGGGAUUCUCGGCCCGCGGCACAGCCCGACGGGGGCUCCAGGGACACGCAGACCUCCCAGAUUUAACAGGCAGAAGACACUCUUCACUUAGCACUGUUUUCUUAAUCACGUAUUGAGAGAGUUGUUUGAGGAUUUAAUCUGGAGGGAGAACUGCUGGACUCCCGAGAGUCCCGGGCACAGCCUGGUAGAGGCCUCGCAUCCACUGGCCUCACCCUUGGGUGCCGUGGGCAGGUUCAUGACAGAAUCAUUCAGAUAAUCAAAUUGUCCUAAUUCUGGUGCGAUUCAUGGAUAUACUGGUAAAUUUAGGCAAAGAGAAACUUAUCAACAUAGUUUCUGUUCUUUAAAAUACAUUGGAAAUCAGAGACUAAGCACAAUUAGUCUAUAAAUGUUCUGUAAAUCAAAACUUACCUCUUGCACUAUCAUGCCUUGAAAUUUACUUUCUCAAAGGGAAACGAGUUUAGCAGCAGCCUUCAAAGAACCUUCUUUCUAUGAUGAGCCAAAUUCAUCUUUGCCAGAAAAGAAAUUUUGAUAAUUCCAAGAAGCCUGAUUGGAACAAAUCGGAUGUACCUUCUCUCGUCUGCAUGACUUUGUAAGAUCAAAAGAGAGGGCUUUGUUUUAACCUUUUUCUACUAGCCCGAUAUGUAUUGUCACUUAAAAUGGUUGCCUUUAACAAAAACGUAGAAAUACUAAUUACCAGUAAGU